GCGGCGGCUGUGGAGGAGGAGGAGGGAGAAGACGGGGAGGAUGCUGAAGAGCUGCGGGAGGAAGCUGCUCCUGUCCCUCGUGGGCUCCAUGUUCACCUGCCUGCUGGUGCUCAUGGUGGAGCCGCCGGGGCGGCCGGGGCUGGCGCUGGGCGCGGGCGGCGGGGCGCAGCGGGCGCUGCAGAGCCUGGGGGCGGCGGGCCCGGGCCCGGGCCAGGGCUCCCCGGGGCUCCGCAGCUUCGCCGACUACUUCGGGCGGCUGAGCCGCGCCCGGCGGGAGCUGCCCGCCGCCCCGGCCAGCCCGCCGCGGCCGCCCGCCGAGGACAUCUCCGCCCGCGACGUCUUCAUCGCCGUGAAGACCACCAAGAAGUUCCACAAGGCGCGGCUGGAGCUGCUGCUCGACACCUGGAUCUCCCGCAACCGCGACAUGACGUUCAUCUUCACGGACGGUGAGGAUGAGGAGCUGAAGCAGCAAGCACGAAACGUCAUCAACACCAACUGCUCGGCUGCCCACAGCCGCCAGGCUCUGUCCUGCAAGAUGGCUGUGGAGUACGACAAGUUCAUCGAGUCCGGGAAAAAGUGGUUCUGCCACGUGGACGACGACAACUACGUGAACGUCCGCACGCUGGUCAAGCUGCUCUCCAGCUACCCCCACACGCAGGACAUCUACAUCGGGAAGCCCAGCCUGGACCGGCCCAUACAGGCCACCGAGAGGAUCAGUGAAAAUAAGAUGCAUCCGGUGCAUUUCUGGUUUGCCACGGGAGGAGCGGGAUUUUGUAUCAGCCGGGGGCUGGCGCUGAAGAUGAGCCCGUGGGCCAGUGGCGGUCACUUCAUGAGCACUGCAGAGAAGAUCCGCCUGCCCGAUGACUGCACCAUUGGCUACAUCAUCGAGUCUGUGCUUGGGGUAAAGCUCAUCCGAAGCAACCUCUUCCACUCACACCUGGAGAAUCUCCACCAGGUGCCCAAGACAGAGAUCCACAAGCAGGUGACACUAAGCUACGGCAUGUUCGAGAACAAGCGCAACUCCAUCCACAUGAAGGGAGCGUUCUCCGUCGAGGAGGAUCCCUCCAGGUUUCGCUCCGUGCACUGCCUGCUCUACCCGGACACGCCGUGGUGCCCCGCCAACGUCGUUUACUAGAGGAGACGCCCGUCCCCUCUAACCUCGUCCCGAGCUUCCCGGUAUCCGAAGGGCUCGUGGGACCGGUGCGCGCGUGCGUGCACGUGCGUGCGUGUGCAUGCAUGUGUGUGCGUGUGCAUGCAUGUGCGUGUGCGUGCGUGUUCGUGUGCGCGCGUCCUCCCGGGCCGCGAGGCGGAGGGAGGUCCCAGCCGUGGUAGCGUGUCCUGACGGCUGCUGCGCGGCCCCCCGGCCCCCCGGCCCCAAGCGCUGCCGGUGGGUCCUGAGCACUUACCCGUUCGGCGCCGCGGCCGGGCCGGCUCGCUGGCUCCCGAGCUGCUGCGCGGCGUGUGGGGCGCGAGCCCGGGCGCUGCCCCACGGCCUCGGCUUGCUUGUUUUUUUUUUCCCCUUCCUUUCAAAAAAUUUUUUUUUUAAUUUUUCGUUCGUGUCUCUCGGCCCUCGGCUCUGACCCGCUCCCUUCCCCAUUCCCGCCCGCUCCUCACCUGUCCCCUCUGCUCCUCCUCCCCGGACCCCCGGCAGCUGGGGCUCCGGCCCCUUCUCCACCGGCAGGUUCGGGGCCGCUUGGCCCGCGGCCGCCUGCGGGGAGCCGCCGGCGGCCCCGGCUCCGGCCGCGCCGCGGGUCGGGGGCUCCGAGGCCGCCGACGGCCGCAGCGGAGGGACCCCGCGCCGGGGAAGCCCGGGGUUACCGUUAGCUCCAUUUGCUGGAGCUCCCGACGUCUCGCUGGAAUAUUUUCAGCAGCAUAAAUCUAUGCACUAUUUAUAGAGACUAAUUUAAAGACUUUCUAUAAAUACGGGGAGGGGGGAGGGGGGAAGAGGGCCGCUCAGAGAGACUCGCCCCACGCCGAAGCGUCUCCCUUGGGUGCAGCGUCCCCGCUCGGCCCCUCUCGCCCGGCUCCGGCUCCUGCCGCCCCGAGCAAAAACCAGCCCGGGGAGACGCCGCCCCGGCGCAGCGGUUCGCCGCGGGCCGGGGUCGGGGCGAGAUUUUAGCCGGGCGCUGAGGUUUGCGGGAAGAGCCGCCGCGGACCGUCCCCUGCGAGGCGCUGGGGCAGGCGCAGCUGGACCUUUCCAAGCCGAAGCUGAGUGAAAAUAGCCCAUAAUGGGUGCGUUGUAAAUAUCUUAUUGCGCCAGUAUUUUUUUUACUGUGCCUUUUUUUUAAAAAAAAAAAAAGAAGAAGAAGAAGAAAAAGAAGAAAAAAAGAAAAAAUCGCGUUGAGAAUUAUGUAGAUUUUAAAAUGCUUUUUAUACAUUUUCUGUGGAUCGGAAAACAAAAAAGAUAAACAACCUUCUGAUAAUCUGUUCAAAAGAAA